GGUGCCCCAUGUCAUUUGCCGAAAUUCUUCAUCUCGUUCAAUUUGAUUUUGUGCGUGAUCGUUUCGGUACUCUCAAUUCUACCGAGUAUUCAAGAGAGAAUGCCACGUUCCGGAUUACUUCAGUCCUCAUUCAUCACACUCUACACGAUGUACAUCACUUGGUCGGCACUCAUCAAUAAUCCUGACAAAGAAUGCAAUCCAUCGAUCAUCAACAUAUUCACGAAUCACACCACACCACAUGGCGAGGAGAUGUACGGCACUCCGCUACCGGCUGAGUCGUUGGUGUCUUUGCUGAUCUGGUUCAUUUGCGUGCUCUACGCAUCAUUCCGCACUUCAUCGAGCUUCAACAAAAUCGCUGGUGGAGGUCAAUCAAGCACCAUCGAUUCAUCAGAUAAUGAAGGUGACCCAGAAUCUGCGCGUGUGUGGGAUGAUGAAAAAGAUGCUGUCUCGUACAGUUAUUCAUUCUUCCACUUCGUUUUCGGUCUUGCAUCUCUCUACGUUAUGAUGACGCUGACCAGUUGGUACAAUUUGGGUGAAAAUAGUCUCAUCAUGGCUUUGCNCUAUUCGUGGACGUUGGCUGCACCGGCGAUUUUCCCGGAUCGUGAUUUCUCGUGA